AGAGACGUCGAGGAGGGUUAUCGUCGUCUGUCAAAAAAAACCCUAAAGUUUCAACCUUUGCUGUCAAUAAAAAACCAAACCAUGGCUUCGUACAGCGAACCUUACGUCUCGAAUGGGACAGGAGUGUUCUGGGACAUGGACGAAUGUAAGAUCCCUGAGGGACGCACGGAAGCUGACCUCGUACCGUUUAUUAGAGAGAUGCUGUUGGGUGUUGGUCUACGCGGUCCUGUUUGGAUCCGGAUCUAUGGCGAUUUGACCGGACUUUCGAGCCUCGGAGGAUCAUGUGAAGCUGAGUCAUUUUCACGCAGGAGAGAAACGUGAGAAGAUGACGAAGAUAUUGGAGGACAUAGUUUCGUGGUCAGGUGAGAAUCCAGAACCAUCGUUGGGAAUACUAGUCUUGGGACACUUGGGAGCCGCAGAUGAUGCCGACAUCACCGAGGUUACUGAACUUCUCAAGACUCAGAAAAACUAUCACUUUGUGUUUGCGACUCCAGGAUCUCCACCUCCUCCAACGGUGGUGAGGUUUCUCAGGGCUAUUCCUCGUGGUGGACUCUAGCCUUUUUUAGAAAGUUUGAAUAACAUUUUCACAAAAGGACAAAAGUAAUAAUCAAAAGCCUCAACUUAUGUUAUUGUCUCGGAAGCAAAAGAUGAGAUUAUCAGAUAUUGUUUACUUUUA